CGGAUCAGAUUCUUCGCGCGAGAAAAAGAAAGAGGUUCCCUUCCCGAGAGGCGCAGUAGGGUUUGAGACGCCAAGCGAGACGAGCUCUUCUUCUCCUCCUUCUCUUUGAUCUCGAAUCCUUUGUCUUUAGUACGAGUUCUCGAUAAUGGGGAGGGGGAAGUUCAAGGGCAAGCCCACGGGUCGCAGGAACUUCUCUACCCCGGAGGAGAUGAUUGCUGGUACUUCAGCCCGUCCUCGCACAUUUAAGCAAGAACAAGCAGAAGAUGAAGUAAGAGAUGAAUCAGGAGAGGAAGAAGAAUCCGAAGAAGAAGAAAUUGAGAGGAGUAAAGGGACACAGGGUAUUAUUGAAACUGCAAAUCCAAACCUUGUAAGACCAAAAAACUUGAAAGCCAAAGAUGCAGAUCUUGAUAAAACACCAGAGCUCUCUAGGCGUGAAAGAGAGGAAAUAGAGAAACAAAAAGCUCAUGAACGUUAUAUGCGGCUGCAGGAACAAGGGAAGACAGAACAGGCCCGUAAAAGAUUAGAGCGUCUGAAUUUGAUAAGGCAGCAAAGAGCUGAGGCUGCAAAGAAAAGAGAAGAAGAGAAAGCUGCAAAAGAACUGAAGAAGGCAGAAGCUCGCAAGUGAACACUCUCAACCUUGCGCAAAACAUUGUGUAUGCAUCACGGGUAUGUAUUGAACACAGUAUGCUCGCACCCGUUUGCAAAAUAACAAUGACAAAUGUCAUGGUGUUUAUGUAAUAUGUUUAUACUUAAGAAUUUUUAAGAAUUUCAAACGCUAAUAUGAACAUUCCAUGCGAGACAAAUGAUGCAUGGAUUGUGACUUAUCAUCA